UCUCAUUCAGAGCAUUAUAGCUGCAUACAGGUCCUAGUACUAUAUAAUCUAUAUUAAUAUCCCUGCUUGUCUUCUUCUAUUUGUUCUGUAAACCUUUCCUUUGUCCUAAUCUGUUGUUGCACUGACAUGGCUUCAAACCAAGAACCAUGGCUGUUGGAAAAUGGCAACCCCAAAGGCCUAACUAAGGAGCACCGGAAGAGGUCCGCUCACAACAGGUCCUCCUCUUCACUGAGGAAGAAGUCUGAUCGUACGCUUAUCUCGAAAAUUCAAUGUUCACUUCUUAGACAAUUCCUGGCCAAUCUCCAGGAGGUUAUUUUGGGUACCAAACUCUCGGUUCUAUUCCCGGCCAUCCCGGCAGCCAUUUUGGCGGACUCUUUUGGCUUUGGAAGACCUUGGGUCUUCGCGCUGAGCCUCAUUGGACUAAUGCCACUAGCAGAACGUGUUAGUUUUCUCACAGAACAGAUUGCUUUUUUCACCGGUCCAACAGUGGGAGGGCUUCUUAACGCGACAUGUGGCAACGCCACCGAGCUGAUUAUAGCUAUCUUUGCUCUGAGCCAACACAAAAUCACAGUAGUGAAGUACUCCCUUCUGGGAUCGAUACUCUCCAACCUUCUGUUGGUCCUCGGCACCUCCCUCUUCUGCGGUGGUAUUGCCAACCUCAGAAGGGAACAAAAAUAUGACAGAAGACAAGCUGAUGUGAACUCAUUGAUGCUGCUGCUGGCGCUGCUGUGUCACUUGCUGCCACUGCUCUUCACGUUCGCCGCAGGGGAGUCCGUGGCUACCGCAGACCCCACGCUUCAUCUGUCGAGAGCUAGCAGCAUUGUCAUGCUGAUUGCUUACGCUGCCUACAUUGUCUUCCAGCUCUGGACUCACCGCGAGUUAUUUGAAGCUCAGGAGGAAUCGGAUGAUGAUGAUGUUGCCGAGGAAGAAGCGGCUGUGAUUGGAUUCUGGAGUGGUUUUGUGUGGUUGGUGGGAAUGACUGGAAUCAUAGCUUUGUUGUCUGAGUAUAUAGUGGGAACAAUUGAGGAAGCAUCCGAUUCUUGGGGGUUGUCUGUGAGCUUCAUCAGCAUAAUCCUUCUACCUAUUGUUGGAAAUGCAGCAGAACAUGCAGGAGCUGUCAUUUUUGCUUUCAAGAACAAGCUGGAUAUAACUCUUGGUGUUGCAUUGGGUUCUGCAACUCAAAUUGCCAUGUUUGUGGUUCCAUUUUGUGUCAUUGUAGCUUGGAUUAUGGGUAUUAACAUGGAUCUCAAUUUCAGUCUCCUUGAGACUGGCUCUCUAGCUUUAUCAAUCCUAGCCACAGCCUUCACAUUGCAGGAUGGUACUUCUCACUACCUGAAAGGACUGAUUCUUCUGCUGUGCUACAUUAUUAUUGGAGCCUGUUUUUUUGUAUCUCAAUCUCCACUUAAUGGACCAAACAGUGUCAAUCUGAGACUUAAAACUACAGCUGGAGCAGUCUUUGGAGCUUAAGAAAAUUUUGGCCUUUUGGGGUGAUCAAUUACAGCAACAUCGAAUCGUCAACAUGCAUUUGCUAUUCUUUAAUUUUGAUUGUCCUCUAUUGCCUGCCGGAAAGCGAAUUACUUCAUACUUGAGAACUGAGAUACCUUACAAUUUGGUAUUCUGGAAGCUUGAUGACGACAGGCCACACCAUACAGCAUUUGUCAUGUGUAGUCUAUGUAGGAUAUCAGAUUGUUUUUUUCAUCUGGCUUUUUAUCUAUGUAUCUUAUUCUCUUUGCUUUUUGUAAUGCAAUGAAUAAAUGGAAAUGUGUUGUUGGUGUGGGUUUGCAUUCAAUCAAAUUAAAGUUUGCCAGUAUU